GAGUCCGACGAAACUCCGUAGCUACACUGCGAUAGUCGGAGAGGCUUUUUCUUUCAAUAACUUCUAUUCUGAGAGCUGUGUUUGGCAUCUUCACUACUCUCUCUUUCUCCACUUCACUCCCAAGGGCCUCAAACUCAACCUGAAACCCCCAAACCCUCUCGCGCCGCCAUGAGGUGAAAACUCGAGCACGCUUCAAUCAUCAGCCAUUAAUUCUUUGCCUAUCUCCAUCUGCAUUAUUGGUUACCGGUUUUCUUCACUGAAGUUCUUAUAGAAGUUGGUGUUUUGUUUGAUCGGUUGUGCUUGGUCCGUUCAGAAAGGAAAAAUGGGUAGCACAUUCAAUCCACAGAUAUUGGUGGAAAAGUUAGCCAAGCUGAAUAGUUCACAGGCGAGCAUAGAGACUUUGUCUCAUUGGUGCAUUUUUCAUAUGAAUAAAGCCAACCAAGUUGUUGAAACAUGGGACAGACAAUUCCAUUGUUCUCCUCGUGAACAAAGAUUGGCAUUUCUAUAUCUUGCCAAUGAUAUAUUGCAGAACAGCAGGCGAAAGGGUUCAGAAUUUGUUGGUGAAUUUUGGAGGGUUCUUCCAGAUGCUCUUCGAGAUGUGAUUAAUAAUGGAGAUGAAUUUGGACGGAAUGCAGCACUUCGUCUGAUUGGUAUUUGGGAAGAGAGGAAAGUUUUUGGUUCUCGUGGUCAAAUUCUUAAAGAAGAGUUUAUUGGGAGGCAUGUGGACAAUAGCAGCCGUAAUGGGAAAUCCAUGCCCUUGAAGCUGGUAACAUCCAGACCAUCUGCUGGGAACACAUUGGAGAAACUAGUUUCAGGUUAUCAGGCUGUUUAUGGAGGGCACGCAGAUGAAGAUGCUAUAUUGAGUAAAUGCAGGAAUGCCAUUAACUGUCUAGAGAAAGUUGACAAGGAAAAUGGUCAAGAAAGCACUUCUGGGAAGAUCCAUGGAUCAACACUAGAGGAUGAGCUCCGGGGACAUGAUACUGUAUUGAGGGACUGCAUCGAGCAAUUAACAGCUAUAGAAUCAUCAAGAGCAAGCCUUGUGUCUUAUCUGAGAGAGGCUCUCCAGGAUCAGGAAUUCAAGCUGGAUCAAGUCCGUAACCAGAUCCAGGCUGCACGGGUUCAAUCCGAACGAGUUGGUAAUACCUGCCAGCAAUCACUAAAUGACAACAACAUUCAGCAGUCAUUAGCUGCUCAAAACUCAAAGGAAAUUCAGACCUCCUUAACUCCUCCCGGCUUUAUUCCUGGAGAUAAGGAGCAGUCAGCUCCAUUGAUGUAUACACAGCAAGUAUCUUAUCCCCAAAAAUCUGGGCACAUUGAGGAAGAUACACGUAAGUCUGCUGCAGCUGCGGUGGCAGCCAAGUUAACUGCAUCAACAUCAUCUGCCCAGAUGCUAUCUUAUGUUCUAUCCUCCUUAGCAUCUGAAGGGGUAAUUGGCAAUUCAAUUAAAGAGUCUUCUGGUGGUGAUUAUCAUCCCGAGAAGAGGACUAAGCUGGACAAUGACCAGUCAUCUUAUGUACCAUCUCAUAAUCCUCAACAACCGCUUCCUCCCUUUUCUCUUUCGGAAUCUCUACACAAUGCAUCUACAACCAAUCAGCAAUCUACUGUCAGUGACCUUCCACCUCCUCCUUCAUCAUCUCCUCCCCCAAUGCCCCCACUACCACCAGUGCCACAGUACCAAGUGCCACAGUUCAUGCAGACUGCUGGAUCAAUUAACAAUGUAGCAUAUAGUUAUAGCUUGACACAACAGCCGUCAAUGGCAGCCUACCCCACUGUUGGUGCUUCCCUGAGUAGUAUUUCACCUUAUACACCAGCUCCAGUGGGUACCUACCAGGGUUUUCAAGGUUCAGAUGGUAACUACUAUAACCAGCCCUCAUCGAUGCCAAUGGCCCCAAUCUCUCGGCGAUGAAAUUUCAUGUUCCUAUAGCUUGGGAGUUGGUGAAGAAAAGGCUGCUCAGGAAAGCCGUUUGGGGGAUGUGACCCACACUGCAUGCAGAACUGCGCAUAGAGAAUGCGCUGUGAUCAUCGUCUCUGUUACCUUCUGAUAGUUUAUCUGGUUAGAAGAAGGAUUUCGUUAUAGCAGCUAAAUCAAGGAUAACGAUUUUGUCGAGUGGGUUUCUUAAUUCUUUUACGUUUGUAAGUUAAUUGAUUUUAUUGCCUUGGGGCUUUUCCCCCUAAUUUCCCCCUGUUGGGGAGGGUUGUGGGCAUGCCGUUACUGUAGUACAUAUAUUCAAACUAUCUGCAUUUUCGCCAACAAAUGGGCAUAGGUACUGACGUGUCCCCCAAGCAUUUGUAUUACUAUCUCAUGGACUUGUAUGUUAUGGUGCAGCUAAGACGAAGUAUUAGGUGUGCCAUUUAAUAUUAGCACAACAAUUUUUGGUGAUUUAUAACA